AUUCAAGUCAUCCUUUUUAAAGGCCAUCAGCGGCCAAUCUAUUAAUUAUAUUUCUACUCAGGUAUACUUCAUAUUGUUAGGAAUCACCAGCCAAAAAAGAAGCAUGCUAACGUGCUGUAUAUGUGGUAAAAUAGGAUUGACGUUCUGGGGUUUGUUAUGCCGUAAUUUACGCUGGUGGGUCGUUGUAAAACAAACCAUCCGAACUUCACAUGUAGUAGAGUAUCGAUGUCGUUUGCGGUCUUAAGUCAGACAAAAGAGAGAGAGACAUUCACUUUCAACACUCAUCAGCAAUACACGCUUUUACAUGCGGACAUACAUCUUUACCUGCAGAUUAUUACUAUAGAAAUCGCACCAUUAAAUGGCCCGAUGCCGACAAGGCAUUGCCGUUAGCUGAAAACAUGCCGGACAGUGCGUCCAUUACCUCUUCAAACCCCACGUCGCGGUCUGUCUUCCCUCAAUGUCCCAGUUUCACUCUCGAGGACUUUUCAAGUCGGGACUUCAUUGUCAAGGAAUUCAUUGAAUCACUUUCCGACAGCUGUAUUUCCAAUCGUCGCUCUACGGUGGGCCCUACUGGCGGAAAUCAACUAUUCGACCCCAAACCACUCAUCCGGACCUUCGAGCAUGCACAGAGGAGACUCGGCGAACUUUCCGGUGACUUAGAGAUCAGAGAGAAUGAGCUUUCGGCUGCAGCUCGUCGGGCUGAGGCACAGCACUCACAGAAUCUCAAUACACUUGGCCGCAAGCUGAAACAGACGAUUGAAUCCUUCCAACAACUGGAUACGUCACUCAACGGGGCGGGCGCCGGAGCUGGGCUCAUAGGAAGUGAGCUGGUGGGAUCUACUGGUAAUAUGGCUGUUGAGACAGGCCGGAAGCUUGAAGAACUCGACCGACAAAGACGUCGAGCACUUGACGCCCACUUUCUCCUUGAGUGUUGGGAUAGCGUCAGUAAUAGAGGAGAGCUUACGCCCCUGGAGAACUUGAGGAGGUCUGGUACUGGUGAAGCUAAAGUGCGCUCAGCACAGAUAGCUCGACAGUUAUUGAGGAUCAGUCAGAGGCUUGAUCCCAAAAGCUGGGAUGACUCUGGUGGGAAGACCAAUGGACCGUCUGAGAAUGGGCCUGCAGAGGAGGAUAAAGUUGAAGAGACCGGGUCAAUCAAACGAAACACAAGGGAAAUUAUCGAGAAGUUUUCGGAGACAUUGGAAAAAGACCUCUUGAAACAGUUCGACGACUUUUAUCGUAAGGCGAAUUUCGAAGGUAUGAAGGAUUGUGCAACUGUGCUCCAAGAUUUCAACGGGGGUUCUAGCGUUAUUGCUCUAUUUGUCAACCAACAUCAGUUCUUCAUCGAUCGAAGUCAGUUGGUUACGGAAGAAGUAGGAGGAGACCCAGAAGCUUGGGAACAACUCGCAGAUCCUGAUGCUGAACCUCUAAAGGUGGAACCUAGUCUCCAGUCGCUCAUUGAUGAGGUAAAGGUCGUAGUACAGGAAGAAUCAGCCAUAAUAAAGCGAGCCUUCCCUUACUACGAGCAAGUCCUUGGGAAAUUCCUGCAGCGCGUGUUUCAACAAUCCAUCCAGCAGCGACUUGAGAUGGUUCUGGAGAAGGCCAAUAGGGUGUCCUCGCUUGCCUUUCUACGGUCGCUACAAAGUUCUCGCAGCUUCAUCAGUGCUUUAGUUGACGAUUUAAAGACUCACGGGUUGACCGAACACCCUGAUACUAUUUCCGCUCAGACGGCAUUGGUUCUCGACCAACAACUCGAAGAUCUGUUCGUGCCAUACUUUGUGGGAUCCUCCUAUAUCGAGAGGGAGAAGAAAACAUUGGAAGAGCUGUGCACAUCUUUGCUUUUCAAAUUCACCACAUUCCAUGCACGUAGGAAAAAGGCAGCAACUACUUUCAUGGCAUCUCUUUCAAAGUCAGGCACUGAACUACUAUCCGCUGCACGAGAUGCGUACAUCAAUCGUCUUGAAUCCUCAGAUUACUCGCCGACGCAGCGAAGGAUGUUACUUCAGGUGGCGGGUUUGAGGGAUGCUAAUGACCUCUUGAAACUGACUGAUAUCAAACUCGCUGAAGAGGAUGGCCUUCCCAGCAUAUCUCAUGCUAAACGAAUGCUCAAAUGGCUUGCUGAAGGAGUUAGCCGGGGCUUGGAGCUGAGUGUAAGCAGUGAAACACCCAAGGAUAUGUUGGCUCUAUUGACCCUUCUCCUUUCUGUGAUGGGGGAAGGCUACAUCGAGGUUUGUCUUGACGCCGCGUUGGAGACGGCAACUUCUCAGGAAUCAGGGAAGAUGGAGCCUGAUCUCUCUUACCUCCCAGCGGUCCGGAACGCAAUCGGGAUUGCGAACUUGAUGGUAAUGUGCAUUAACACAUUACUCAUUCCCUUAGCAACCGCCAGUAUCACAGUUCGCCGGGAAAUGGAGAAGAAGACCAAUUUGACAACUAUGCGAAUCGAAGAGAAAGUCAAUACAAUUGAGCAGAAGGUUAUUGAUGCUACCUUGACAUGGGUGAAUAAACUUCUUGCUGGCCAAAAGAAGAAUGACUUUCGACCCAAGGAAGGAGACAAUGCAGCUUGGUUGGAGAAGCUACAGACACCGACAUGUGCUUCAAUCUGCACUUUUCUCACUCGUGUGCAUAAUGUGAUAAUGACAUCCUUGCCGCCUAGCGGCUCCAAUCUCCAACAAUUGCUUACGGAGAUGGCCCUGGGAAUCCGCAGCCUACUUUUGGAGCAUUUUAAGCGGUUCGCUGUCAAUGGACCUGGCGGCCUCAUGGUCACUAAGGAUAUGACGCAGUACACAGAUCUCCUCAGGUCCUGGGAUAUAGACGAGCAAGUCAAAGGCCCUAGUGGUGCGCUGGAUGUCUUGCUAGAGGUUGGCAGUCUUUUUGUUAUAGGCUCCGAGGCCUUGCGAGAAAGGGUUUGGGGUGGUGCCGCGAGUAGCAGCGGUUGUAGGCCGAGGAACAAUACUGGGGCAGGCGCUGGGCGAGGCACUGGGGGAACUGGACAGAUCGAAGCUGGUCUCAGCGUGCAGGAAGUCCGAGCGUAUGUCUCCCGAAGGGAAGAUUCCAAUACAGCUGCGAUGCAGAAUAUUCUCAAUAUACUCUGAGGCUGGUUUUGGUUUGGCGGAGCACUUCAUCAUUCCAAUAACUUCGCAUCGCAAAUACCUGAGUAUGGCUUUUUAUGUUGGGAUCAGCGCUUCCUGUAUUGAAAAAUUAUACCCUUCAAUUCUAAUCAUGCCCUAAGCUACAGCCUUCUUUCUUAUCAUCUCUGUCCUUGUCGCCCAUUUACGCGAUAACUAUCUGGUUUGCCGGAAGGGCAUGUCUGUACCUGUACAAUAUGUAGUGACAAUAGAAGUGGCCACAGUAGGUGGUAGUAUUGGUUGACGUGUAUACGAUACGGACUUCGAGAAAGAGUGGAAAGGAGGAGCAAGGAGACACUAUCUGACAGUAUCCACUCUGGCGCUAAGGGAAUUAAGUAUGGCAACAUCACAUAA